AUGGCAGAGUCAAUGAAAAUGAAGACAAGUAAAGAUCUUGAAAAUAUGCCUGUCGCUGCUAUUUAUGGAACUCUCCAUAAUUAUGAGCAAAUCAAGCUUCUCAAAAAGGCAUUAUUAAAGGAUCCCAAAACUUCUCCUGUUGUUCUUCUCUGCAAUGAUACGAGGAAGCCUAUCAGUGAACCUCGUAUCACUUAUCUGACUGAGUCUGAAGAAGGUCCUGUCAGAAAAGAAGAAUUUGCUGAAAACUAUGCUAAUGAUGCUGAUGAUGAGGGUGCUGAACCCAUAAUUAAUGACUUAGCUGAGAACAUGGCCAUGAUGGCUACCAACUUCAAAAGGUAUGCCAAAAAGGGUUCUUUUAAAUUCUCUCCUAGAUCUAAGAUCACUAACCGUAGAAUAUUAGAUCAACCUAAGUCAGCUCCUCUUGAUGUGUCCAAUGAGGAGUGUUUCAACUGUGGAAAGAAAGGUCAUUUUUCUGCUGAGUGCAAAAGCACAAAGAUCUCUAAGCAUCAUACUUCUCAACCCUCUAGCCGAUCCUCUCAUGACAAGUACAAAGCAAAGUACAAGAGAGAAAAAGCAAAGAACCAGAGCUUUCAGAGAAAAGCUAGAGAAAAAGAAAGCAAAAUGACGAAAAAGCAAAUACUAUGUUUGUUGGUGCUUUCUUUCUUUGUAGUUUCAUCUUAUGCUCAACUCAGACAAAAUUUCUACCAAACCACGUGCCCCAAUGUCGAAUCCAUUGUCCGAUCAGCCGUUAACAAGAAAUUCCAACAGACUUUCGUCACCAUUCCGGCCACUCUUCGCCUCUUCUUUCAUGAUUGCUUCGUUCGGGGCUGUGAUGCUUCGGUUCUUCUGGCAAAUGCAAACGCUGAGAAGGACCAUCCUGACAACUUGUCACUCGCCGGAGAUGGAUUUGACACCGUGAUCAAAGCCAAGGCCGCCGUUGACAGCAACCCCAGUUGCCGGAAUAAAGUUUCUUGUGCAGAUAUAUUAGCUCUUGCCACCAGAGAUGUCGUUGCCUUGGCAGGUGGCCCAUCCUACAAAGUAGAAUUGGGAAGGAGAGAUGGCAGAAUUUCUACAAUAUCAAGUGUUCAACACCGUCUUCCACAUCCAGAUUUGAAGUUGGAUCAACUUAAUACCAUGUUUGCAGCUCAUGGUCUGUCUCAAACCGAUAUGAUUGCACUUUCAGGUGCACAUACACUUGGAUUCUCUCAUUGUGGUAAAUUUUCGGGCCGCAUUUAUUCGAAGAAGGGAAUAGACCCGACCCUAAACAGGCAAUACGCUCUUCAGCUUAGACAGAUGUGCCCGCUCAAGGUGGACCCUAGGAUUGCGAUUAACAUGGACCCCACCACCCCUCGAACUUUCGACAAUGCAUAUUUCCAGAACCUCCAACAAGGGAAAGGUUUGUUUGCCUCUGACCAAAUUUUGUUCACGGAUAGUCGGUCAAAGUCGACGGUCAACCAAUUCGCGUCUAGCAAUAAUGCUUUCAACCAGGCCUUUGUGAACGCCAUCACCAAGCUCGGCCGUGUUGGGGUUUUGACCGGAAACAAUGGCGAGAUCAGACGUGAUUGCACAAGGAUUAACUAAGAACUUAUUAUCAUUUAUUAUGGAUUUAAAUUCAAAUUGUACAUUUAACUUUUGAAUAAGUAGCUACAAUUGUUCAAAGGCAUGUAGCUUUCAAAUAAAAGAUCAAGUUGGUUGGUUUUGUUGAGUGAUAUAUACACCUUUCAAGUGUUUGUCCUUUGAGUAUGUAAAUGAUUAGCAACUCAUUUAAAUUAUUAAAAGCAAAUUACAUUUUUCGU